AUGAGCUCAUGGAAAAUACAUUUUCCUCUCUUGGUGACCAAAGAAACAAUCAUGGCUCAGGCUUCUCUUAUCUACAUUCUCCUAAGUUUUUCCAUCAUAAUCCUUUCUAAUGCAGCCGAUAUAAACAUUGACUGUGGAUCAUCAAGCUCGCACAUUGAUGCGGACAACAGAACGUGGGUGGGAGACACGGACUUUCUAACCACCGGUUUAACGUCCACAUUUAAACCAAUAGUCACAACCGCUGAAUCUCUAACCACGCUCCGGUAUUUUCCAACGGGCGAGACAAAUUGUUACUCCAAUAUUCCGGUCGAUAAAGGUGGGAAAGUGCUAGUUCGGACGAGAUUCAACUAUGGAAACUACGACGGAGAGAACACAGCUCCCAAGUUUGAUGUCGUGUAUGAUGGAAAACAUCGAGAUUCGGUCGUCACUGUGACGUCCAUCAGCGGUACACGAUCAGAGGCGAUAUUUAUUCCUGAGAGUGGGAAUACUAGUGUUUGCUUCUUCCGUAUGUUUUUGAACGAAAACCCUUUUGUGUCAACCAUUGAAGUGCGGAGGUUGGACGACUCCAUGUACACCGAUCUUGGCCCUAAGGAAGGUUUCAUUCUACAACAACGAACAGCCUAUGGUAGGGUACAGGAUUUUGUAAGAUCUCCAUUUGAUUCUUACGAUAGAAUUUGGGCGGCAACACCACUAUCGACCAGAACUCUAACAAGUGCUGCCACUUCUAUCAACACUACAGGGGCUGAUAAUCGACCACCGGAGAUUGUCCUUCGGACCGCUUGGUCGCAGAAGGACAUGGCUUUCUAUGAUAUAAAACUACCUUUUUCCGGAGUAACAUUUUACAUUGUCCUUUACUUCUCGGAACCACUAACUCUUGCUUCCGACCAAAAGCGGUCUUUCUACGUUAACUACGAUAACAAACAAGUGGGUCCAAGUCUUAUCGUGCCACCUUUCGGGGCAGUGGCUCAAGCUUCUCUGAGGGCUGUCGUCACAACAAGCCUUCCCUAUCUAACAUUUAAAGCUACACCAGACUCGAAUUUGAACCCACUCAUCAACGCCCUUGAGCUCUAUGUUAUUAGCAAUAGUGCUGGAAACAGCACGAAUUCAACGAGCACCGGUGGUGGCAGCCCUAGCACUCGCGGUGGUGGUGGUGGAAGCACUGGCGGUGGUGGUGGUGGCAGCCCUAGCACUGGCGGUGGUGGUGGAAGUCCUAGCACUGGCGGUGGUGGCAGUCCUAGCACUGGCGGUAGUGGUGGCAACUCAGGCUCCAGUGGCGGUGGAGGCAAAUCCGGGGAGAAAAGCAGCAACGUCUUAGUUGUGUCUCUUAGUAUUUCAAUUCCGUCGUUAGCUGUUCUUGUAACUGGUGGUGUGGUCACCUGGAAUUUUUUCUUCAAAUCCAAGCGCAGGCCCGAAUCAGAAAGGCCACUAAGCACCACCCAUCAUCAUCAUUAUGGGAGUGAACACACGGUCAUUGCAGGGAAAGCAGAAACCGUAACUCAGAUACAUAAUGCAAAGUAG